AUGUCGUGCUCACGUCCUCUUUCAAUGUGUACUGAGAGUUGCCACCCUGGAUCAAGCAAGAAAGGGAAGGAGGGGGAGCCAUUUUGCUGCUAUGAUUGCACCCCAUGUCCAAAAUGGAAGAUUUCGGAGCAGAACGACAUGAAUGACUGUCACAAAUGCACAGAUGAAAAGUAUCCAAACAAAAACCAAGAUUUCUGUAUUCCUAAGACUGUAAACUUCUUAUCUUAUGAAGACCCUUUAGGGAUCAGUUUGGCUUGUUUUGCUCUUUCCUUUUCUUUGAUCACAAUUCUGGUGCUCAGGACAUUUAUCAAGCACCACAACACUCCCAUCGUCAAAGCCAACAACAGGGAACUCACCUACACUCUCCUAGUCUCCCUCUCCUUCUGCUUCUGUUGUGCAUUGCCAUUCAUUGGGCCACCUCAGAAAGUGAUCUGUCUCCUACGACAAGUUAGUUUUGGCAUGGUUUUCUCAGUAGCUGUGUCUUGUGUGUUAGCAAAAACCAUCACUGUGGUCUUGGCUUUCAUGGCCACCAAGCCGGGAAGCAACAUGAGGAAAUGGAUGGGGAAAAGCUUGGCCACCUCCAUUGUUCUUUGCUGCUCCCUUAUCCAAGCAGGAAUUUGCACUGUUUGGCUGGCACUCUCUCCUCCAUUCCCAGAUGCCGACAUGCACUCCAUGACUGAAGAAAUUAUACUGGGAUGUAAUGAGGGAUCUGUGACCAUGUUUUACUGUGUCCUUGGCUAUAUGGGCUUCUUGGCUAUUGUCAGCUUCACUGUGGCUUUCCUCGCCAGGAAGUUACCAGACAGUUUUAAUGAAGCCAAGUUCAUCACUUUCAGCAUGUUGCUCUUUUGCAGUGUGUGGUUGUCCUUUGUCCCAACUUACCUGAGCACUAAGGGGAAAUACAUGGUAGCUGUGGAGAUCUUCUCCAUCCUAGCUUCCAGCACUGGGCUGUUGGUUUGCAUCUUUUCCCCCAAAUGCUAUGUUAUUGUAUUGAGGCCUGAGCUGAACAACAGGGAACAGCUAAUAAGAAGAAAAGAAUGA